AUGGCGCUCACUGAAGAAUGUAGUGCUAUAUUGCAAAGGAAGCUGCCCCAAAAGUUGAAAGAUUCGGGGAGGUUUACUAUACCUUGCACAAUUGAAGAAUUUGAAUGUAAGCAUGCCUUGUGUGAUUUGGGGCCAAGUAUUAAUCUGAAGCCCUUAUCUAUUUUCAGAAGGCUUGGUUUGGGUGAGGCAAGACCAACAACAGUCACUCUACAAUUAGCAGAUCGAUCGGUGAAGCAUCCACGGGGUAUCAUAGAAGAUGUUCUUGUGAAGGUGGAUAAGUUUAUUUUUCCUGCUGACUUUAUCAUUUUUGACAUGGAGGAGGAUAUGAAUGUACCUAUCAUUCUUGGAAGACCAUUUCUAGCCACAGGCCAAGCUCUCAUUGAGGUUCAAAAGGGAGAGCUUAAACUCAGAGUUCAAGGAGAUGAGGUGGUAUUCAAUGUCUUCAAGGCAAUGACAUAUCCGGUGGCUAGUGACAGUUACUAUAGUGUGGAUGUAAUAGAUAAAGAAGUUUCGAAAAGAAGGGUGAGUAGUGAUGCUUUAGAGGCGGUGUUGAUAGGUGGUGAGGUACAUGAUGAUGAUGCUGAGAUGAGAGAAUAUGUAAAUUGGAUUAACUCUUACCAACCGUAA